AUGCUCCAUCUUCGGCGUGCAGCGUCGUCUCGCCCACACCUUGAUUUAUUUGACUCCCUUCUCCCGUCGUCGUCUACGCGCUUCAAAUACAUCCUCUCCAAACGUGGCAUCGCCCACGUACCUGCGAGGUCAAAAAACACCGCAUCCCCACGCGAACCUCCUCCGCGAACCGGCGCGUCUGCGACCAAUGCCUCUAAACGUUCUCCUCGAGUCAGACCGGGUGCCCGAUCGACCACGCCCGAUGCGACCCAUUACCUCCUGACCCCUUAUGAGCUCUCUUCACGCAUCCUCAAACUGCACGCUGCUCGUAAAUUAGACGAGGCAGUCGAACUGCUGCAGAAUUCGCCUCUGGAUGCCCAAAACAUAAAGACGUGGAAUACGCUGCUCUCCGGGUGCAUGAAAGAUGCUCGCUACAAGCUGGCCUGGUCUCUGUUCGUGGAUGUGAGCUCACCUCACCCCGCGCCCGUCUCUCGCCACUCACACCGAGACUCGUCCUCGACCACACAGUUAAAACGACGAGGGUUUGUGCCCAACGUGCGCACAUACUGCACGAUGUUCACAGGUUACGAACGGAUCACAGAUUGGACACAAUACUCGAAGCAACUGGACAACAUACAUUCCCUCUACGAACAAUACAAACGCCUUGCCGUACAGCUGAGUGUAGAGCAGAAGAUGCACGAGGACCUCUACACUGACUAUGUACCGGCAUCUUAUAUCAGCAUCCUCGGCAGGGCGGGCCAUUUCCAGAAGGCCUUCGACGUCUUUCACGAACUGGAAUCCGAUAACUCAGUCCCCCUCAUCCCGACUCAGUCUGUUUUCAAUAGGUUAACUGGGAUCAUUUGCAUGCGCGCUCUCGAGCACCACAAGGACUCCCAGGGUUCUAUCCUUGAACGCGACAUCUCUGACAUGAAGUAUGUUUGGCGGCGCCUGGCCAAGCGCGCGGAACCCAAGAACAACGAGAUCAUCCACAGCCGAGCUAUCGACAACAUCAUCAGAGUGCUUUCCUUGGGCAAACCCUCCGACCACGAGCUCGCUCUCUCCAUCGUACAUGAUUACCUCGGAUACGGCGCUCCAGACGAACCCAUGCUCAGCCCGAAGGUCUUCUUGAACAACCCGCACCCUCUGAGGGCCAUCCUCGCUUUGUGCACUGCAACCGGGAGGCAUGACCUGUGUCUCACCAUCAUCAGUCAAGUGACAAAAAACCCUCGACAGGCGUUCCUGGUCAGCGGCACCGUUAUUGAAGAGGUUUUCAAGUCCCACAUCGCGCUCGCGGAGACGGGGUCCACGAUACAGGCGCCGAUGGUCGUCGAAUUGCUGCAAUGGUGUGCAAAGCACGAUCUCCAGGAGCUCGGGCGCUCCCGGGGUAAGGCGUACGAGGUCUGUUGGAAGUGCCACGACUGGGACUCGGCGAAAAGGGUAUUCAGGGUGCUCACCGGCCACUCGCUCGACUUCCUCGCGGCGGACGCGCAGUCGUGGAAAGCGAGCAAAUCCUCGGGGAAAGAUGUCCAGAUUCCGGCGCUCGAAUGGGCCGGCUUGCUCCGCACUGCUUUGUCUACUCACGACAAGGAGAGCAUACGGCAGUCCCUGCGGAUGCUGGACCGAUACGGUGGCGAUAUCGUUGCUUUCAGAGAACCCGGAGGAAGAGCAGCUGCAUCACUGGUCGUCAAGGCUGUGGCUUCCGCAUUACGAGGGGGCGACGUCCCCGAUGAGCUUCGAGAGCGAUGGGCAGAGAUGGGCAGACGCGCAGCGCACCGUCUGAAGGAGAUGGGCCCUGGCGAGUUGGAUGAUGCAGCUCUGGGGCCACAGACUCACCAAGACACUACAUGACACACAACGCCCAAUCUAUGUGUUUUUGGAGGUUGCGC